CAGACGACAACAACAAGCUGGAAAGAAAGAACACUUGUUGUGUGUGUUUUGUUGAGAAACUGACCCAAAGAUUGCUUCGCCAGCAGAACGUCUGUUUAGUUUUAAGUGAAGUUCGAUCUGAACAAGUUGUUGAACGUUUAAAUAGCGGCACACUGACACUUGACUGUCUGUUCAAAAAAAUAAUGCUGAAGAGCCACAACAACAACAACAACUGUAACAAUAAAAACAUUAACAGAUCCCUUGGCCAUGAUUUACACACACUGCAGGAGUGCCCCAGGAGACGGGGGAAUGUCUCAAUGUUUCGCUGCAAGUUUAUUUAUCUAUUGCUGAUGUUGUUGUAUUUUGCAAAUUGGAUUGAUGGCAUUGAGGCUAGACAACAACAGAAGCAUGAUGCACAACAGCAACAACAAAUAAAUGAAGUGGGCGCUCAUCAUCAUCAACAGCAGCAGCAGCAGAACCAUAACAGAGGCAACAGUGGCAGUAGUAGUUCAUCUUAUGAAGUGCUGGGGAAGCGCAAUAAGAAAAACAAUCAACACCACAGCAACAGUAACAAUAACAACAAUCAUAAUUACAAUGAAAAGAAACACAAAUCUUCCACUGGACACUCCAUUAAUAACAAUAAUAGCAGCAGUUUAUCAAUUGGUUCCAAACCACAUGGCGGUAAGGGCCGUAAGGGUGAUCAUAAACAACGCAGGGCUCAUCACCGGAAACACAAUAGAUCCAAUGAUCCUGAUGACAAUAUCUCCUUGUGGAUCAAUGAGAAACAAUUAAAAGUUCUGACUGAUUUAUUUUUUCCCCAGAAUUCUCUGCAUGGUCCCGUCUAUGCGAUACACAAUGGCCAUGUUCUAAAUCACAUUCUAGACAGCCGUUAUUAUGAUUAUUUAAUAAUACCCGCUGAAGUGAAUUAUGUCAACUUCACCUGGAAGUCGGGACAUCGCAAGUAUUUCUAUCAUUUUGAUUUGCUGGAGACCAUGGAUGAGAGUAUUCUCAAAGCACCCACCGUCUCAAUAAAGCCCAAGGGACGCAUACCCAAUGAAGAGAAAAAUUUUAGCGUCUUUCUACCCUGCAGCGGUAAUAAUUCGGGCACAGCCAUGUUUAAUGUAGGUCUCACCAUACACAAUCGCAGCGGUAAUCCGUUGCCUGGCACUCCGUUGCGUUUGAAUUUCAAAAAGGAGUGUGCACAUAGAGGUGUGUAUGAUAGCCUAGACGCUUCCAAUCCUACACUAAUUACAUCUAUGCAAGGUCCCGAUCCAGAGUGUCAUGUGAAAUGUGGAGAGCAUGGUUUCUGCAAUCAUCGCAACAUUUGUCAGUGUCGUUCCGGUUAUAUUGGUCAGUACUGUGAAAAGGCAUUUUGUUUUCCCCAAUGCAUGAAUGGUGGCAAUUGUACAGCUCCGUCGGUGUGCUCAUGUCCAGACGGCUAUCAGGGCACACAAUGUGAGGGUGGCAUUUGCUCUGAAAAAUGUUUGAAUGGAGGCAAAUGUAUACAAAAGGAUAAAUGCGACUGUCCCAGAGGCUACUAUGGACUACGUUGUGAAUUUUCUAAAUGCGAGAUAUCCUGCAUGCAUGGCGGCCGCUGUAUUGGCACAAAUCUGUGUCGUUGUGCCGAGGGUCUCAGUGGCGAUCAUUGUGAAAUUGGCCAUCGUCAGCGUUAUACAUGCAAACGAAAAUGUAAACAUGGCGACUGUAUGCCCAAUAAGACCUGCAAAUGUAAGGAUGGUUUCUAUGGUCGCUUUUGUAACAGACGUGUUAAAAAACACUGAUGUUUAUUGUCUGAAAUAUGCAUCACAGAUGUUUUUCUUCUCUACCAGGAUAAUUUUUUUUAAGUUUAAGUAUGUAUGUUAUCUGUAAGUUUUUCUUUUGAUGGACAAUUGUUGAAGUAAUGGAAGUGGAACACAGUGUUCUCUCACCCGCUGACAAUUGUUUAAUAACUUGGAUUUUUUCGAUAAAAAUGUUCUUUUUUAAAAAAAAGUUGUGAUAAAUUAUUUUAUUUAAAUAUACAAAAACAUUUUUUUCUCA